GUGAGGUUUCUGGUCAUUGUAGUCACCUCCGGAGUUCUUCACAAGUUGGUAUCACUUCAACAAUUUAUUGAGUAAUGGAUUGAUUUGCAUGAAUAUAUAUUCCAUUCAUAAUGUCCUAAAAAAGUUGAACCCGGUCUCCCUACCAAAAAACUUUUUGGGAUGCCAAUUCUCUGUCACAAUCAAUAUACAUCAUUUUGUGAAGGAUCUCUAUUAUAUAUGUGAUAUGUCCUAGGAAAUUUGGAUGACUAAAUCAUACAUCUUCUGUUCUUCAAGCAUUCUAGCUUUUACUCUAUAAUGGAAAUUUCAACUGAAGAUAAAAUAAAGCAUAACAUCAAUAAGAAGCUUUACUAUGCAUUGAUGAAGCAAGAACCAAAUGAAGUUAUACGACUCUGUCAAGAACUCCAAGAGGGGCCAUUGCAUAUAUUAACCGUGCACGAUGACACAGUUCUCCAUGUGGCUGCCUUCUAUAAACAAACAAAUUUGGUUCUCCGGUUACUUAAAGAGUUGGAAACGCGAUUUCCUGAGUUUCCUCUAGAUAGACUAAAGCAUCGCAAUGAUACGGGGGAUACCAUUCUUCAUGACAUAGCCACUUUUGACAGAUUAGAUUCAGCUGCAAAGGUAAUAUUGGAUAGAGCACCUGAUUUACUUCGUAUGCGCAAUAAGGGUGGAGACACUGCUUUAUUUCGUGCUGUUCGUUAUGGGAAAGAAGUGAUGUUUAAGUUUCUUGAUGAACAAGUGAAUCAACGUUUUGAUGAUCAUGAGAGAGAGGCUUGUUAUUAUAAUUAUCGUAGAGCCACAAUUCUUCAUGCUGCUGUGCGCUCUCAGCACUUUGAUUUGGCCCUGUUGAUUGCUAAAAAGUAUGAUUAUUUGGUCCAUGAACGAGAUGCAGAUGGAAUGACUGCUCUUCAACUUCUUGCAUGCAACCGACAAGCAUUUGGAAGUGCAGAGAAUUAUAGUUUUAUCAAGAGAUCCAUUUACACUCGUCUUUCAACUGAUCAUAAGGCUACAGAGAGGGAAGAAGCUCAAAAACGUUAUAGAGUGCCUAUGGUGGAGUCCAUGCGUCAGCAAAAGCAGAGACAUGAAUCAGUUCUUGAACUUGCAAAGUUCUUGAUAGCAAAGGAUACUUCUUGGGAGCAUUCAGAGUCUGCAUUAAAUAAGGCCGAACCUCGAUAUCACAAAUAUAGACUAAUGUCAGAUGUUUCAAAAGGCCAAGAAAAAGAGGAUCAAUGUGGUGUUGCACAAGAAGGACAAGCUACUACAAAACCGGCUGAGUCACCAUUGAUCUUAGCAACCAAAUCAGGUUGCAUAGAAAUUGUGGAGGAGAUAUUGAAAACGUAUCCUCAAGCUGUGGAAUAUAUUGAUAGUCAAGGUCGUAACAUUUUGCACGUUGCGAUCAAGUACCGCCAGAUGAAAAUCUUUGAUAUAGUUGAGAAAAUGGAUAUGCCAAUGAGGAGACUCAAGAGAAAAAUCACUCAUAAGGGAAAUUCCAUAUUGCACAUGGUUGGUAUAAAAGAGGACCCCGAAAUUGCAGAUAUGAGAAGCCCUGCUCAGCUGUUGCAAGAGAAUUUGCUCUUAUUUGAGCAAGUGAAAAAGGUCUGCUCAGAUGAUUUUUUCGAAAUUAUUAACAACGAUGGAAAGACGGCAGAAGACUUAUUCACUAAAGCAAAUGCUGAACUUCGUUCAGAAGCAAAAGACUGGCUUAAACGCACUGCGGAGAACUGUACAAUAGUUGCUGUGCUCAUUGCAACAGUGGCUUUUGCAGCAGCCUAUACUAUUCCAGGUGGUCCAAGUCAAAGCACUGGUUAUCCCGUCCUCAUGGACCAUCCAUUCUUCGUGAUUUUCACCAUUGGAGAUGUGCUCUCCAUUACCUUUGCUUUGACCUCAAUGAUCACCUUUCUCUCAAUUCUUACCUCUUCAUUUAGGAUGCAUGAAUUCAGGCGGUCGCUUUCUGAGAAGUUAAUUCUGGGGUUUACCCUCUUGAUUCUUUCUGUGUCGACGAUGAUGUUAGCAUUCGCGUCGACUAUAAUCUUGAUGAUUCACUAUAAGGAAAGGUGGACAAAAAUUGCUUUAUCUUCCAUGGCAUUCCUACCUGUGACCAUCUUUGCAGUUUCAUAUUUUCCUCUGUAUGUGUCAUUAUGGAAGAACUUCAACUGCUCAUUAAGGAAAUUAGCCAAGGAUAUGCGAGAUUAUUAUAUCAGGAAGGCCUAGCGAUUCCCCUUUGCCAAGCUCUUCCAGUCUCCAUUAGUCUGAAUCUACUAAAAUUGGCAUUUCCACAUCCUAUUUUUAGUAACAAAAUAUGUGAUAGCUGUUGUGUUUGAUACAUAAAGGGGCUUUAGUCCAACCAAGAAUCUUCACAGUAGUCUUUAUAUCCUUGAAAUGUAUUCUAGUAGUAGGGAUGUGUUAUCAAUGAAUGUAUGUUUGUCAAGUUCUCUUCUUAUUGAAGCAUAUAUGAGAGUUGUCAAGUUUAAUAUC